ACUUUAUUUAGUAGCAUUUAUUAUAUAAAUUUAGUGGAGGAAUCCUAGGGUUUUCAGGAAGGUUUGGCCGAUUACACUUUGGGUUGGAGACAUUUUUCUUUUGGGCUCUAUUUGUAUACAUAAUAUCUAGAUCGAAUCAAUUAACUCCCAAUUAGUGACUUUGGUGACAAUAUCACUAAUGUGUCGGCAAAUUAUGUCAUUUUUAUAUCAGCUCGUUUCUACCAUUGUAUACCCCAUAGGCCAACGUCCGUUUACUUAACUCCAGUCGUGGUAUAGUAAAUUGUUUUGUUUUAAGUCUAUUUGAAAAUAUUUGAAACAUUUAUAUCGGUUUGAAUUUUAAGUCUUUUGCGCUUCACCUUAGACUGUUCGAUACUAACUAUGAAGUUUAGCAAUACCGUUUCAAGCAGCAGGAGAAAGAGUCGUAAGGCUCAUUUUACCGCUCCCUCAAGCAAGCGUAGGAUAAUAAUGAGCGCAAUCCUAUCGCGUGAACUCAGACAAAAGUACAAUGUUCGUUCAAUCCCAAUUAGGAAGGAUGAUGAAGUUAUGGUUGUUCGUGGUCACUAUCAUGACAGAGAGGGAAAAGUGACACAGGUCUAUCGUAAGAAAUGGAAAAUCUACAUAGAGCGUAUAACGAGGGACAAAAACAAUCGUGAGAGCGUACAAGUUGGCAUCCAUCCAAGUAACGUUGUCAUUACAAAGCUCAGAUUGGAUAAGCACCGCAGAAAGAUCCUGGAAAGAAAGAGUAAAGCAUCAACCAAGUCUAAAUAUACCGAGCAUGACAUCAAGAUCUAGUUAAUUCGUCU